AUGUCUGAAGAUAUUGAGUUGAUAGUAAUAGAUAGAAUAAAAAACAGAACAAUUUUCGCUAUUCAAGUUGAUGAAAGCAUCGAUGUUACCAAUUUCGCAGUUUUACUUGUUAUUGCAAGUAUUAAUUGGUCCAAUUGUUGUGGAUUAUGUACCGAUGGUGGAAAGUCAAUGUCGGGUAUAUAUUCUGGUCUUCGAGGUCGCGUUAUGAAAAUAGUUCCUAAUAUAAACUGGAGUCAUUGUUGUAUUCAUCGACAGAGUUUAGAAUCUAAAAACCUUCCAGGGGAACUAAAAGUCGUUCUUGAUGAAGCAGUUAAAUUAGUUAAUUUUAUAAAAGCAGUCUACAAAUUCGAGAAUAUUUAA